GUGCCCUCCUUUGUUUACUGAUCUUCUUGACAACAACAACAACAACAACGAUUUGCUCCUGCAGCAUUCACCAUCACCCCCACCACCACCACCCUCCUCAACAACAACAUCAGCAUCCAGAAUGUUCCCCGAGACAAGCGAUGAUGUUGCGCGCAAACUUCAGCAAUUGUUAGGCACAUCCAUGAACAACAACAGUAGUAGCAGCAGCAAGAGAACAUCACGGCAGGUUCCGUUUAAGCCUCGCGACGAACGGCCCAAUGGAUUUGUGGUAUCGUCUGUUGGCAACGGCAUCAAUAAUAAUGAUGCGUCUAGCGGAGGCGCUUGCCGUAGCACCCAAGUCAUGGACAAAUGCCGCAUGCUUACUGAGCAAAUGACCCAGCUGACAGCGUCGGUACAAUCGCGAGCGGCACACGAUUCCGGAUAUGAUGUCCGUCGCUUCAAUAGCAACGAGUUGGAAGAAAUCAAAUUGUCACUGGGCCAUUAUCGCAACGAACGACGUGCGUCGCAGUCUCCUCCACCGCCUACCUCCCAACCACCUACAACAACAACAACAACAACACAUGCUGCUACAGCCUUCGAUCCCGAGAGCUUCUUGGCACGCAAGAUCAAGCAGGCUCACGCAGAACGCGACUUUUUGGAUCGCUCGACAACUGAUUUCAAAAGUCGUGUGCUUGCCGAGUUUGGUCGUCAACAACUGUAAAAGCAAACCCCCUUCCACCUCUCUAUCAAUCUUCUCCCAAGUGUCCUGACAUUUCAUCACACUUGCACGUCAAACCUUACCACCUCCAGCACGCACAUUUUCUUUUUAUAUUAUUAUUGUCAUCAUUAUUCCCAUAUACAACCAUCGACUUCAUCGUCAUAUGCCAAUCACCCCUCACAAAAAAAAAGCUCACUUUAUGUUGUAGAUAUCACU